GGCAUCCCUGUUGACAAUCGCGCCAAACCUUGAUGUUAAAAUUUGACUAAGCAUCAUUUUUAAUUUGUUUAUUAUUCGUUUGCGUUUGAUAUGAUUUUAGUUUAAUAAAAAGUUGUGCAGUGUUUAUAUGUGAUUGGAUGUAAUUUAUAUUUUGUUUUACUAUCAGGUUGUUUUCCUGAAGAAAUGUUUAUAUCCAUGUCCGAAUUGUUGGAGACCGCUGAACAAUGACCUCGAUAAUCGGUAAGAUUAAGUCGGUGGCUGUGAAGGACUUCGUUACAUAUGAUGUUGCAAUUUUCUACCCGGACGAGCACCUCAACAUUAUUAUCGGCCCGAAUGGAACGGGAAAAUCUACAAUCGUUGCAGCAAUUGUACUUGGAAUGGGUGGACAUUGCAAAUUAUUAUCGAGGUCCGGAAGUAUCGAGGAUUACAUAAAAAAUGGGAAAAAGGUUGCCAAAAUCGAGGUGGCUUUGUAUAAAAAUGUCAAAAGAGCUAUUGUCAUGUUCAGUCGAACAUUUGAUCGGGAUGGAAAAGACCGAUUCGAUAUAGAUGGUACCAAAGUCUCACAUAAAGACUUUCUAAAACGGAUCCGGGACUUGAAUAUUCAGAUCGAUAAUCUUUGCCAGUUUUUACCGCAGGAUCGUGUCCAAGAUUUUGCAAAGAUGAAUACCCGAGAACUGUUGCUGAAUACGCAAUCAUCUGUAUGCUCUGCAAAAAUGAUUGACAUUAUGGAACUAUUGAUAAAUAAACGUAAGGAGCAGAAAAACUUUUCAAAAUCAAAUUCUGAAAAUAUGGUAAAACUGAAAGAAGUUGAAACUAAAAAUGAGCAACUUCGCGUUCAAAUCGAUAAUAUGAAAGCUCGAAAAAAAAUUGAAACAGAAGUGGAGAUAUGUAAUGCUCGUAAAGCUUGGUUAGAGUAUGAACUGAUCUAUACGGAGUACAGCACUAUAAAGGGUGACUUGCUACUAGCAAAACAGAACUUAGACGCUAAGCAAAAAAAUCUGAGUCCAUUGACGACUAAGGCAGCAAAAUUAAAUAAAACGAAAGACGAAUUGAACAAUAAAAUUAGACAAGAGCAAACGGACAUUUCUAAACAUUCUGACCAGUUGAGAGAAAUGGAGUCAAAAACCGAGCAGAUGGAAGAUUCAAUCAACAAACAGAAACGGGACUUACAAGAUGCCAUUUCUCAUGCGGCGAACCGAGAGAAUGAGUUAGAACAGGCAAAAAAGGCACUUUCGUUGGCAGUGCAAGAUUGUAAGCAGGCUCAUCAAGACAUGGGUUCGGAAGGUGAUCAAGAAAAUGAGAAGCGAAUUGUAGUAGAUAAGAUUAACAAUCUUAAGCGGGAAUGUGAUAUACUUAUAAGUCGACGGAAUGAAUUGAAUCAAAAGAUCGAAACCGAACUUAAACCGGAGAUGGUUAGCAUUCAGAGGAAAAUAGAAUCAUUGGAGAACAACGGACAGAUCAAGUUGAAGCUACUGCAAUCUCAAUUCGAUAGUACUUAUCAAGCAACACUCUGGCUUCGAAAAAACCUGCAUUUGUUUCGCGGUAAAAUCUACGAACCAAUCAUUCUGGAAUUAAAUGUUCCAAACAGCGAUAAUGCAAAAUAUCUCGAAAACACCAUAAGCAAGCGGGAUUUAAUUGCAUUCACUUGCGAGGAUAGAGAUGAUAUGGCUUUGUUCCUUCGAAAAGUUCGACAAGAAAUGCGUCUUGAUGGCGUAAAUGUGAUAUAUUCAGAACCAGCUGAAGAGCUACUUUAUCGCUCAAAGAUACCCAUUCAGCAGCUAGCACGCUAUGGUUUUCAUACGUACCUCAUCGAUAUGAUCGAAGGUCCAUUCCCGAUUUUAAACUUUCUUUGCAAAUUAUAUAGCUUGCACAAUGUCCCGGUUGGUACGGACGAAACAUCCAGAAUGACGUCAUCGAUUCCGGAUGAUAUUCGUCUAUUUUUCACUCCAUCGAACCGGUUCGUGAUCAGCAAAUCACGUUACACCGGAGAAAAGAGUUCUCGUUGCGACGACUUGCAUAUUUUGAAUUUACUCAACAAAAACGUCGAUCCAGAAGUUUUGGAUGAACGAAAGCGAGCCCUCCAACGGUUAACUAAAGAAUGCGAUAAGAUCCGUAACCAUCGCAACCAAAUUGAGAAUCAGAUUAAAACCGUUCAGGAUCAGUGUACAGAUCUAACUACGGAACGGCGAAAGCUUGAAGAAAAAUUUAGUCGUUAUCAGCAAAUUAAAAUAAAAACGAAACGGGCUGAACAGAAAUGCACUGAACUACAGGCUCGACUUGUUGAUGUUAGCAAAGAAAAACAAAAGUUUAAGGAGUAUUGCAAGAAAAUCAUAAAUGAAUUAUUAGUUGUUCAAAAACGAAAAAUAUCGAUUUUGGAUCAGUACGUAAUGGCAACAGUAAAGCACGACGCAUACAGAAUUAAACUGGGUCUAUUUCUGAAGCAGAAUGCAGAACUUGACAGUGAAGUUCGUUCUGCUGAAGACGCAUUUGAUUCGGCUACGAAAAGUCUCGAGGUUGUUACUCGGAAAUUUGAUGACGUGAAAGAGAGAUUGAAGCGUAAACAAGCGUUUGCGAAGGGACUUACCAAAAAUGUAACCCCGAGCAACGAUCAGUUUCCUUACAAACGAGAAUUUGAACGUCUACCUGGACAACUCGAAGAACUAAAUAAUCUUAUGGAUGAACUGCAAGCUCGAAUCGAUUGUAUGGCUGAUGGAAAUGGAAACAUUAUGGAACAGUACGAAACGCGUUGCCGGCAGAUCGAAUCACUGCGGGAAGCCAUUCGUGAUUCGACGAAGAAUAAUGACGCCUUAGAAUCAGAGUUACAGAAACUGCACGAUCAGUGGUUUCCGGAGAUCAGUCGAGUAGUGGAAAUAAUCAAUAAAAAUUUUACACGUUUCAUGACCACCAUGGGGUUUUCCGGCGAGGUGGAAAUUACCAGGAAUGGGGAGCGUGACUACGAGGAGUACGGUAUUCAAAUUCGUGUCAAGUAUCGUAACACGGAGAAGCUGCAGGCCUUGGAUAGGCACGUGCAAUCCGGUGGUGAGCGGGCGGUCGCCAUCGCAAUCUACACUUUGUCGCUUCAGCACAUAACGCAUGUUCCUUUCCGGUGCGUGGAUGAAAUAAACCAAGGAAUGGAUCCUCGAAACGAACGUAAAGUAUUCGAAAUGUUGGUAGACGAAACCUGUCAUCCGGAUCAGUCGCAGUACUUCUUUGUGACACCAAAACUUCUGCCUAAUUUAAGGUACAACGAUUUAAUGAGUGUUUUCAUCGUUCACAACGGCAAGUUCAUCGAAGAUUCCCACGUGUUUAUUCAUAACCAGAUUAGAGCGGACGAAUAAACUGAAAAGUUUCAUGAGCAUACACCUAACUGUACCAUUGGCAUGAUUUACUGGUUUAUUUCGUCAUUGUAUCGAGUUCUUCUGGCAAGCAACAUUGUAGUUACUUUAAUAAGAACUUGAGCUUGGUGCCGGUAUAAUCGACUGUAAAUUAUUUGAAUAUCUGUGUGAUAAACAGGUACAAUAAAAACAACUUAAGUUGAUAAUUAUUUAAUUAUAAUUUCUAAAAAUAUAGUAAAAUGCGGUACACGCACGUCUGGGAGUGCGAUUAAUAAUAUUAAAAGAAAAACUAGCUAAUUAGCGAUCGUUUGAGAUCAAACCAUUACAAGACAGAACAUUUUUCUCGCCGAUGUCUGACAGACUGCAGAUGCAUGUGAAUAACAGAUUUUUCUUCAUAGUUCUGAACAACAAAACAUUGUACCGCUGGGCGAUGAUUUGAACAAUAAUGAGUACUAGGAUUGGUUAUAUUUUAAUUUAUUGUGAAAAUUGAAUUAUUGAACAGUUUGGAGGACUGCACUAAACGAAUUAGGUUUCGGUCAUUUGUUUAUGACUUGAGAUAUGUAUGGAAAUGUAAGUAAACUAACUCGAAGACGGCUGAACCGAUUUUCAAAAACAUAGAUUUAAAUGAAAGAUCUUUCCCGUAGAAGUACAUAUAUGCUGUGUUCAAUUUUACUUCUAAUUCAAAAUUGUUAAUUUGACGAAACGGGUUUCCUAGGUAAGGCUACGAAUUCGAAGCGAUGUUCACGGCAAUAAUUUUCAUCGGGAUUCUGUUGAUUCUUUGAAAAAAUUGUUAGACUUAUCUGAUCAUCGUGUACUGGAUCAGCACCUCUCAACACCUACACCAACAAACUGAACGAUCAGUUGGAUGUAUAUUUCAGGUAGAUACAGUUAAGUACAGUCUGUUACAUAAGAGCGUGGUCACUGUUGUGAGGAAAUGAAAAGACUCGACACGAAAAUACUUUUGAACAGGGUUGCUGAAAUUCGCCUCACGCAACUCAAAUGUCUGAGGCCAGUGUGUUUUAGGGUGUUUUAUAGGGCUAUUUUCACACUUCAAAUUUGAUUUUCUCAGAAACGGUGACGAAUAUAAAAAAAACCGAAUAUAAUAAACGAAUAUAAAAAAACUGACAAUCUCUUAGAAAAUUAGUUUAGAUUAUUCUGUGAAAAUUUCAGAAUGAUCCAUUAACUUUAGCGGUCAGGAAAGUCUUUUUUCCGUAGGAAGAAUUGCAUAGCUGAAAACGCCGUAUUUCAACUUGUUUAUUGAAUAUCUCGCCUCUAAAAGCAUGUAUCAAAAUUCUACCCUGACAAUGUCUAGAUAAUUUAAUUUCGAAGCGAUUGGUACAAAAAAACAUAGGUGUUGUCGCGAUAAAAAUGAAGUGAAUAUUUUUUUUGUAAAGAUUAGUCGAUUUCUCUGCACGCGCCAUUUUUUCUGCUUCAGUUUCCUGGUUACGGGCCAUCGAAAGUCAUUUUGCACAUAUGCGAGAGAGCAUGGAGAGAGAUAUAAUACGCAAAGCGAGACACGUGGUCGAUUCAAGCUUAUAUGCGAAUUACUGGCCUCAGCCCUUAACGUCCACCGCCUACGAACGAUUCAAGAACGGAGAUAGCAAAGCAUGCAAUGCCGGACGACAUUUUUUUACAUUGAAUAUUUUAUUUAUUAUUCAUUUUUUUGUCAACAUUUAUAUACA